AUGUUCAAUCUCAUCGCAGAAACCACAUCAGCCGUAAAGCAAGCCGCAGGCGUAGGAUUGUCAACGGCGAGAUCGCAGGGGACAGACGGGCAAUCAGAAGCAGGCCAAUCUCAAGGGCCGCAGACACACCAAGAAGAGCAGCCUGAUAGGACGGACGUCGAAAGCGUAGCGCAGGUCCAACCGCAGACGGCACCACCCAAAAAGUCAAAAAAGGUCACGAUUGCCAAGCCAACGGCCAGGAAAAUUGCGACCCCCGACAAUCCAGUUGAUAUCGGGAAAGAGGAAGCCAGGACCCCUCAAGUAGAGCAAGGCAGGCACGAUCUCUAG